AAGAUGACAGGAAGAGAGUUUCUUGAACUAGAUUCUCCGCAGCAAAGACUAUUUUUGGAAAGACUUAAGCGGAUGGAAGUCAUACAAAAGACACUCAAUGAGCUUCCUAAAGCAGAUCAGAACCUUUCUAAUCAUGGAUCAUACUUCCUUGCAGCAAACUCAAGCUUAUGCGGCUUAGCGGCAAAUAACUUCUUCAGGAACAUCCUGCACGUCCGAAGGGCUUCCUUCGUGACUGCUUUGCCAAUGGCUGUUAUUCCGUUUCUUUCAACAGCAGCUGUUUAUGAAGUUUUUGUGCGUGAGCCUUUAUUUUCAGGUGAGCUCAACUGCGAGGUCUGCGCUGUGGUCAGAGGAGGGCUGAUAGGGGCUGUUGUGGGUGGUCUCUAUCCCGUUCUCCUGGCUCUCCCCGUGAACGCGAGCCUCGCAGCCAGGUAUGCUUCAUCGCCCUUGCCAGGGAAAGAAAAUCUAUUACGCUUCUGGCUCACAACUGCUCAGCCUGUCUUUAGAAAGAUGAGUUUGGGUAUACUUAUCCAGGUUCUAACUGGAUUAUAUCUUGCCACUAAACACCACGGAAUAUAUGUCAAAAUACUGCAGCAGAUGAACGCUCGCAGGGACCCUGAAGAGUUACAAGCAUGAAGUUAAGCAACUUCUCAAUUGCCUUGGAUAAGCAACCAUAAUAAAGAA